UACAUUUCUCAAUAAACAUUCGGUAUUACACUUCCUGUCUAAUCUACCCGCGCUUCUGACAAUGGCGCUGGUCACUUCUUCAGGCUGAACGUGACGACCGUUGAGAUUCUCCGAGAAGGCGAUGUUGUGUGUAGGUUACUUCCACACCCUGAAUUAAUAGCAAGAUGGAAUACGCUGAUCAGGCAAAGAGGGGCUUACUUCAGCGUGCCAUCUAUUGAAUGCGGAAGAUGAUCUAUGUCUUCACUUCCAGAGACACACCCUCCCGAUCAGUGAAAGAUGAACCUGAUGCAUGUGGCUUUGGAAAGGAGAUUCAUGUUGGCUCAGGAAUGCAGAAAUCCUUUGAGGUGCCAAACAGUGUCACUGUCAAAGCCAUGGCGAUGGGCGAUGCACAGAGGUGCAGGUGGGGCGAACAGGAAGGCAUCACUGCCUGACGCUUCAAUGGCAGACGUCUGCUCCUUCUCCACACUCUCAGAGGGCAAACAAGUGAAAUAGCAGACAAGUGAGCAACGGCUGGCCAUCGCAUGUCCGGGGGGACAGACGGACCCUCCAUCCCCCCCAACCAACAGUAUCUCCAUACAGGAGCAGACGGGGUCCCCUUCACUCAGCCGAGGGGUCUAUUCAGGAGAAGUUGGCAGUGUCUCCAGAAGUUGUGCUGUAAAGCCCCUCCUCCACCUAGACCGGAGUAUGAUGUCGUGUGCAUUGGACUGAGCGGUGCCGGCAAGACCAGUCUGCUAUCUCGCUUGUGCAAUGAGAUCAGUGAUGGCACGGUACCAACCACAGGUUUCAGCAUCAAGGCAGUGCCAUUCGAAAAUGUGAUACUGAAUGUGAAGGAACUAGGAGGAGCUGAGACCAUCAAGAAAUACUGGAGCCGAUAUUAUCAAGGUUCCCAAGGUGUGGUGUUUGUCCUCAACAGUGCCACGUCAGACGAAGAGAUGGAGCUGUCCCGGUCUGAGCUUCUCUCGGCCAUGCAGCAUCCUCAGCUGUGCACCCUUCCUUUCCUCAUUCUCGCCAACCACCAGGAUUCACCAGCUGCCCGCUCUGUAUCGGAGAUGAUGAGAGAGAUGAGAACUCCUGGCCAGCCUUGUGGACUGAAGAUUCAGAAGUACUUGGAGUUGCAGCCGCUGGCCCGAGGGAAGCGAUGGAUUCUUGCAGGCAGCACAACUAACAACAUGAAGGCAGUGAAGGAAAGUUUCAGUCAACUCAUCCGCCUUUUGGAAGAGAAGGAGGUGCUACCUAGCAGGAUAUGAUUCAAUCAAACUUCAAAGUGGAAAGUGGGUUUGAAGUGUUGUUUGCUUGAAGGAUUUUCUUUUUUUUUUUUGGCGACUUUGUCGUUGUUUUAUAACCCACUGGAGACAUAGAUGCAAAUUGCCACAUGUUUUGAUGAGCUCACUGACAUAUUUGUUACCCUCAGGUCAAAGGCCACACAUAUGCUGAUUUAGUAGCAGGUGAACCAAAGUCCUUGAAAGAGAUCAGAUUUUUACCAUUAUUUGUUAAUGUAAUAAGCUAUUUGAUAACCUAUUUGUUGUUUAUUAGUUGGUUGUCAUGUGGUGUGAGUGUGGAAUUUAUGUAAAUAAUAUAUUGUACUAAUCCAUAUUCCUUAUAAUGGUGCAAAAUCUAAAUAAGCUUCUUUAUCGAAAAUGAGUAUAUUAUAUUAUAUUAUGUUUUUUUUGUUUAGUUUUAUUCAUUAUUCCUUCUUCCUUUUAAGAGAAUGUUACAAUGUUUUUCUAGACUAUAUGUUGAGUUUCUUAAUACUGGUUAUGGGUACUUGCGUUUCUUUUUGUCAGAUUUCUAUCUCCAGAUGAUGUUGUUAAUUUUGUUAUUUGAAAAGACGACACACCCCAUUUACUUGGCACUGGCCAAGCUGUUUUCAGGUUUGAGCUGGAAUACAAACUCUAUCAAUCAGUGUCAGCAACAGCUGCAUUUGACAAGUCCCUGUCCGCCAGGCUUAAGCCCUCCAACUGUCUGUGGAGACUCCUCCCCGUCUGCCACCUCACUCCUCGCCCAGCCACGCUCUGCGGCCUCACCCGCUGCUUCCUGCUGGUAUUAUCCAAAUUCCUCUCCACAAAUUUAGAUUCCUGACUGCGCACCUCUCUGAUGUGUUAUUUUGUCUCACGGGAGUCUCCGAGUAGUUUAGGACUCACAUGCUGUGUUUCUGUAUUUAUAGUGUUAACUAGGUUGUACAUGUAUUGCCCGCCAAUUGCCACUCGAUGUCUUAUUUUUUGCAACAACAUAUUUGAACUGCCUUUAAUUUCAUUUGAGGCCAUAUACCAUUUAGAUGUUUCAUGUGAUCCUUUGUAAGUCCUCAGGGUAGCGCUUUACUGCAGUUACAUUUUAUGCAUUUAGCAGAUGCCUAUACUAUAAGGUUUAAUUCACUAACAUUAGUCAAUGCAUUAGGUAUCACAAACUACAUAUUGGAUAGUUUUUACAUAAUUUACUAAUUUAGGUGAAUGUUAAUUUAUACAGAUAAUAUUUGGAAUGUUUGUAAGAAAUUAACUUGUUAAUUGUAAAAAAAUUGUGAAUUGUUAAAUGUUAAAAAUGAAUUUGUAUAU